GAUCAAAAGAAAGGCGUAGACCACUCCAUCCUACUAUGCUGCAAGUUCUUCGUCUCCGAGUCCCGCAGCACGGCCAAUCUGGACGUAAUUGAACGCGCUGCGAGGUCAAAUCCGGAAACAGUGAUUGUGAACAAGUUUCUCGAUGGAGCAUACAACAGAGCGAGGUACACUCUUGUGUCGUAUGUUCUGCACGACUGCAACGGAAGUGUUGUGUACAGUCCCUUGCACCAAACCGUCAUAGCCAUGGCUGAGGCUGCCUUCAACGCCAUCAACCUCGAAUUCCACGACGGCGCUCAUCCUCGUUUAGGCGUAGUGGAUGACAUCGUUUUCCACCCUCUCGCAGGUGCAUCACUACAUGAGGCAGCAUGGCUCGCCAAAAGAGUUUCAGCAGAUAUAGGCAACCGAUUCAAUGUGCCAGUGUUUCUGUACGCCGCAGCUCACCCAACAGGGAAGGAGCUGGACACUAUAAGGCGAGAGCUGGGCUACUACAGACCCAAUUUCCAAGGUAGCCAAUGGGCUGGAUGGGCCAUGGCUGACACCGUCCCGCUGAGCCCUGACGAGGGACCCAACGUGGUUUCACGGGCCAAAGGCAUCACGAUGAUCGGUGCACGCCCUUGGGUUGCACUCUACAACGUGCCGAUCCUGUGCACUGACGUGUCAGCAGCAAGAAGAAUCGCACGGAAGGUGAGUGGUCGCGGUGGUGGGCUUCCAACAGUGCAAACGCUUGGGCUUGUACACGGCGAGGACUCCACUGAGAUAGCCUGCAUGCUGCUCGAACCCAACCAGAUUGGCGCAGACAGGGUGCAGCACCGGGUGGAGACGCUGGCAGCACAAGAAGGACUUGAUGUGGAAAAGGGUUACUUCACUGACUUUUCUCCCGAAAUGAUUCUGGAUAAAUACAUUAAAUUAAUCACUGCUAACAGAUCCUGAAUGUGUGUUUGUGUAUUGACUACUAAAAAAGGUUAUCAUAAUCACACUGCGGGGUUGCCAUUUGCAAUUACAAAAUUGGAAUACGGGGACUCAAUCUUCACACAAUUCAGUGUUUCGGGUGUUGGGGAAACUGUCUUUAAAGAAGUCUGGUAUUUCCAAGAAGUUAAUCCUUGGUGAGUACAUAUGAAAGGUGUGUUGAUGUAAA